AUGGAGCCGGAGGUCCCCCCGCCCCCCAGGUGGCUGGACCUCUUGCUGGCCGGCUUGGCCCUGCUGUCCCUGGCCCGGGCCUACGGCUUCCGCAAGUGCGCCCAGUACGAGCUGGACGUCCGCCACGUCAUCUGCAUCCACAAGUCCAUCUCCAACCUGUCCGAAGCCGUGGGCGAGCUCCCCGCCUACACCACUCACCUGAACCUGUCCCACAACUCCCUCCGGGCCCUGCCCCCCCGGGGCUUCGCCCACCUGCCCGGCCUGGAGGACCUGCGCCUGGAGUGGAACUACAUCAGCUACAUCAGCCCCGGGGCCUUCGGGGGGCUCGGGAACCUCACCCUCCUGAACCUGGUGGAGAACAGGCUCGUGACCGUCAACGACUCGUCCUUCCUGGGCCUGUCCCGCCUCCGGACCCUGCUCCUGAACCACAACCGCAUCGCCACGAUCCAGGAGCGGGCCUUCGCCCCGCCGGUCGACCUGAGGCUCCUGAACCUGAGUCGCAACUGCAUCGCCGACCUGCCCCCGAUCGUGGCGGCCCUGGGGGGCCUCCGGCGCCUGGAGGUCCUGGACCUCUCCCGCAACAACAUCUCCACCCUGAGGGGCUGCUCGGGGACCCCGCCGGCUCUGGCAGAGCUGCGGCUGAGGAACAACUCUCUGAGAGCCCUGGACUUCUCUUCCUGGCGGCCUCCCAACCUGACCAGCCUGGACGUCUCCCUGAACUUGAACCUGAGCGACGUGAGGCUGGACGGGCUCCCCCGCCUGACGUCCCUGAACCUGAGCAUCACCAAGGUGGAUCUGGAGCGGCUCGGAGGCCGGGCCCCGCCCAGCCUGCGGGCCCUGGACCUGUCGUUCACCCUGCCCAACCUGAGCUCGGUGUGCGGCCUCCUCGGCCGCCUGCCCCGGCUGGAGACGCUGGGCUUCCGGGGGAACGGGGUGACGGCCCGGGACGUCGGAAGCCUGGCCAACUGCUCCGGCCCGCUGCGCUCCCUGGACCUGGGGGAGAACUCCGCCCUGACCGGGCUGGCCGACGCCGAGCUGGACGCCCUGCCCGGCCUGGAGAGGCUGAGCCUGAAGGGGAGCCAGCUGUCGCAGGUGAGCAACGCGUCCUGGGGGGCCCUGAGGAACCUGACCGUCCUGGACCUGAGCCUCAACCAGCUGAAAGGCUUCCCGGACCGGACCUUCGGGCCCCUGGGCGCCCUACGCUUCCUCGACCUCUCCCGGAACCCGCUGGUGGAGGUGGCCGGCGCGGCCUUCUCCGGCCUGGGGGCCCUGCGCGAGCUCCACCUGGCCGGCUGCUGGGUGGUGGCCAUCAGGUCGACCUCCUUCGCCCCGUUCCCCAACCUGGAGCUCCUGAACCUGAGGGAGAACAACAUCCGCACGCUGAAGAAGAACACCUUCCGGGCCCUGGGGAAGCUGCGGCUGCUGACCCUGUCCCAGAACCGCCUGGGGGCCAUCCAACGGGGCGCCUUCCGGGGCCUGAGCGGCCUGCGCCACCUCGACCUGGCCUACAACAUCUUCACCGGUUUCCAUCACGGGGCCUUCGAGGGGCUGGAGGGGCUGGAGGUCCUGGACCUCAGCUUCAACAAGAUCACCUACGAGACCACCAGGAGGGACAGCCCCUUCGCCCGGCUGUCGGCCCUGAGGCGGCUCAACCUGGAGGGCCAGCUGAACGGGAUCCAGGUGAUCCCGCGGGACUUCUUCCAGGGGCUGGGCGGCCUGCGGGAGCUGCUCCUGGGGAAGAACUCGGCCGUCUUCCUGGACUCGGACCAGCUGGACCCCCUGACCAACCUGACCAGCCUGGACAUCUCGGGCACCAGGGCCGGGGAGCGCGGCCUCUUCCUGAACCCCCGCCUCUUCCGCCUCCUCGGCCGCCUGGCCCGGCUGCGCCUGGAGAACAACAACCUGGAGGCGCUGGGGCCCGGCCUCUUCUCCGGCCUGAAGAGCCUCCGCAUCCUCUCGCUGAGGUUCAACAGCCUGAAGGCGGUCGGCCGGGACCAGAUUCACGACCUCCCGGCCCUGCGCUUCCUGGACCUGUUCGGGAACAGGCUGGACUGCACCUGCGACAACCUGUGGUUCAAGAACUGGGCCGUGGGCAACGCCAGCGUCCAGGUGCCCUACCUGGGCAGCUACGCCUGCAGCCAGCCGGACGCCAGCAGCCUGCUGGUGGACUUCGACGACCCCGUGUGCAACUACGAGCUGGGCAAGGUCUACUUCUUGUGCUCCUCCAGCCUGGUGCUCGCCACCCUGGCGGGCGCCCUGCUGAGCUCCAAGCUGACCUGGUGGCUGCGCUACGGCCUCUACGUGGUCCGGACCUGGACCGAGGCCGGGUGGAAGCGGGAGGACCGCCCCUUCGCCUACGACGCCUUCGUGUCCUUCGCCGCCGCCGACGAGCGCUGGGUGUACGAGGAGCUGGUCCCGGCCCUGGAGCGGGACGGCCGGCCCGCCUUCCGCCUCUGCCUGCACCACCGCGACUUCGAGCCGGGCGCCGACAUCUUCGAGAACAUCCAGGCGGCCGUGGACACCAGCCGCAAGACGCUGUGCGUGGUCAGCCGCCACUACCUGCGCAGCGAGUGGUGCCGUCUGGAGGUGCAGCUGGCCAGCGUCAAGACGGUCUACGACCGCCGGGACGUGGUCAUCCUCAUCUUCCUGGAGGACGUGCCCACCUACCGGCUGUCCGGCUUCCACAGGCUCCGCAAGCUGGUGAAGAAGCAGACGUUCAUCACCUGGCCGGAGGACCCCGGGGAGAGGCCGCUCUUCUGGGCCCGCAUCCGCAACGCGCUGGCCAACCGGACCGUCGGGGCCGGGGAGGAGGGGGAGGACGAGGACGAGCCGCUGGUCGUGGCCUAGUGAUCGGGAGA